AUGUCACUGCUGAGCGACCCUGAGUUCCUAGUCCAUAGCCUUCGUUUAAAUUACCUCCGCAACGUCGACGAUCCUUAUGGGCCCCGCCUCAUCUCAUUGAACCCAUCCUUUUCCUCCAACCCAUAUAUCGUCGCCGCCUCUUUUGCUGACGUCGAUCGAUGGCCGGAACUAUCUGCACCGUCGAGCCCCCCUCUGUCUGAAGAUGAGGCCGAUGGUACUCGUAUCCGGCACGCCUCUGGGUUUCCUGGUGCAACUGGUUUGAGAUAUACCCAGACCAUCUUAGGGCCUUCACGAACGGGAUUCAUGGGGAUGAGAACCGGUGAUCGCAGGUCUGGCUCAGCGCGGCGGUCAACACGCUACGCUAAGCGUGAUGAGGAGCGCAAUGACGAUCCGCCUAAGGAAGCUGGCGGCGGCAUCAGCUCCCAGCUAGGGUCGUUGUCCUCCGAUGGAGAGGAUUUAUCUGCUGCCGAUGACGAAGACGAUUUUGACGACGUCGGUGAUAUCGACAACAGUAUUGAUAUGGAUGGGGAUGAAUUUGAUACACAUUCCCAUCUGAGUCCCGUCAAUGAAUGUUCAACGAUCGAGGGCAUGUCGUCCGAUGCAUCCCCAUUUCAAAGCGAGAAGCCUAUCGAUUCCUAUUUUGAGAUGGUCACUCCACCUCCUGUGAAGACAGAAGAUCAAUCCUCUGACGACCGAAGUCCUGAAAAUCCUGGGGAUAUCGCGCCAGUUGCUGCUGACUCACCUCUAGAUGACCUUUUUGCCCGACAAGAGAUCGUCCUUAAUCGUCCCGCAAAAUCCGCGCUCAGCUCUUUCCUUGCUUCCUCCAACACAACGAAUCCCUUUUCUGAUCUUUAUUCUUCGAUUUCUGGGCGAGGCGUGCCCACUUCUGCGGCGACCACCAUCACAAUAUUCUUUCCCCAUGCACGGGAGCCUGCAGGGAAGCCAAUGGAGCUGAAUGUGAGAAAGGAUGCCACGAUGGAGGAGGUCCUAGGGUUCGCGUUGUGGAACUAUUGGGAAGAGGAUUGGCAACCAAGACUAGGUGAAAAGGAUGAGUCCGACGACACACUGAGUGCUGUGGGCUGGGUUCUGCGAAUUGCAGAGGAUGAUGGUGAAGUAGACGAAGAUUUCCCUCCACCUGACCGGACGGGAAAAAUCUCGAAGUUCAAUUUUGAUGUUUAUGCUGUACUAGAAGCGACUCCUAUUCAAAUCCAGCAGAACAAGGUCCUCGAAAGUAAGAUACAGCGCAGUCCAUCUCGUGUUGCAACCAAAGUCAAAAAGCCCGAAGGCCUAACCGUCGCUGGUCUAACAAUACCAGGCUCAUCUGGUCCUGGUACCAGUGCCAUUCUUGGAUCAACCCUCGGGAAUUCCCUGUUCUCCUCUUCGUUAGGCCCCUCACCUAGCUACGGCCCUCAGAUGUUCUUGAGGAUCCGUGUUUUAGAUACAGCUGAUGCGGUCCACAUCUCCACAACCAUUCCUGUAUCGGCGACUAUGUACAUGCAAGAGGCGCUUGAAAUGGUUUGUCGGAAGCGAAAAUUGCAGAAUGCAAAGGAGUAUGCACUUCUGCUCGGUGAUAUGAGCAUUCUCAUCCCUUUGGAUCGCACCGUCGCCAGUCUUCAAGGCAAAUCCGAUUUGAUGCUGGUGAAGAGAUCUAUGUUACCUCGACUAGGAGUUGAUGUUGGAAGGAUGACUGGCAAAACAACAGAUCCUAAUGCAUCAAUCUUCAAGAGCAUGUCUGAUGUCCCAGAAGCACAGUACAGCCUUGCUGGUGACUAUACAUCGGCAUAUAAGAAAUAUACAGUCUACCGAAAGAUGCCCAUGCUUGUUGGUCGACACGAGAGAACACUGGCGAUUGAUGGGGCAUAUAUUCACAUUAUGCCUUCCUCGAACAAAGCAAAAGUGGUGUUUGAGAGUGGUAAAACUUCAUCAUAUCAUAUCAACAGUAUCAUAGCAUGUCAACAAUCUGCAAAGUCGUCAUCAUCCUUCCGCUUUAUUGUGCAUCGUGAUGGUGGUAACAAACGAUAUGAGUUUGAAGCAGAAAGCCCCAUACUAGCUAAUGAGAUUGUGCAGAUUAUUAGGGGAUUAAAGACUAUGCUAGAAAGAUCUGGAACUAUAAACAAGUCUAGAAGAAGCAAACAAGUAGGAUAAUAUGACUUUUACUAUGUAUAAUGCAUAGGUUUUUAUGCCUAGUAAAAAUUC